AUGAUGCUUAAUUUUCAAACUCUCUCAUGUCUUCAUGAUAUACCACUUGUUCGCUCAUCAACUAAUAAACUUCAUGAUGUUUAUGCCAAAGCUAAAGAUGCAAGUGUACUUAUUCGGCUUCCAUGUAAUUUAGCUGAGACAAUUGCUGAUAAAACAUUAAAAAUUGCUCUUACAGUUGCUAAUCCCGUUGUUAAAUCAUUAUCUGAACCUGUACGUGUAAUUGACAAUUAUGCUGCUCAAACAAUUCGUCAAAUUGAAACAAAAUACCCUAUGAUUAAUACACCAACUGAAAACGUUGUGAAUACAUUCAACAUAAAAACAAAACCAGUUUUCAAUGUAAUGAAUUCAGUUAAGGAUACAACAACAUCAACCAUUCAACAUGGCAAAGACACUGUUUCUAAUGUAGCAACAGCUACCGUCAAUAAAGCAUCUAAUGUAGCGGAUUCUGUAUUCUCAUAUUGUGAAGCAAAUGUACCUGGAAUGGACCGUCGUAAUACUGGUAAAAGAAGUAGUUUAAGUGAAUGCAUGUCUUCAACUGUUGGUUCAUUAUUUCAUCAUGCAUGUGAAUCGGUUCAACCAUCUUUAUUAUGGUUUAGAAUGUUGGUUGUAACCUGUUUACUAAAAACUAAACAAACUAAUGAUUUUUUACUUACUAAAAUGCAACAACAACGAUUUUUACUUGUUUUACCACAACGAUUAUUAAUUUUAGUCAGUAAUUUCUUGGAAAAUGUUACUAGAUUAAUUAAACCUAAGGAUGCUGAAUUGGCUGAAUGGGAAACAACUCAGCAACGAACUGGAUUCAAUUCAUUAUCACAAUUCUUUUUUAAUCGACAAAACUUAAAACCUGAUCAAUCUGCAACUGCUCGUAAAAAGGUUGUUAUUAAUCAACCAGAAACAGGAGUAAAUCGUCCAAGUAAUUUCAAUAAUAUUCCAGACUCACAACCCGAUUAUUCAAAUAUGACUGAUACAGAAGAACUACAUGCUCGUUUAGGUUCGCAUGAUUUAUGUCAAUCAAAUUAUAAUACGAACAAUGAUACAUGGACAAGAGAACCUGUUAAUCGUUUUGAAAAUAAUGAUAUUACACAGUUACAUUCUCAACUUAAACCAACUGAUGUUGAACUCCUUUAUUCUCAAUUAUCUGCUGAUAUUUUACCAAAAGUGGAUGAUCAAGAACCAUUAACUGAAGACCUACAAGAACUUCAUGCUAAAAUCAUUGGUGCUGGAUUAGAAGAUCAAGGUUAUCUUGUAGAUGAGAAUGAUGAUUGA